AUGUUGGAUUCUGUUUUAACAAGACAUUUUAAAUUUAAUGAUCAUAAAUAUGAUUCUAGGAAGGAGACAAUGUAUAUUACAAAAAGAAGGAAUUCUCAUAAUAAUAGUUUUGAUUUAUAAUCUAGUAGAGAUUAAUCAUAUGGAUAUUUCAAUCAAUAAUUAAACUACUGUGCAGUAGAUUAUUAUGAUGUUCCAAUACCUAAAUAUACUCAAAAGAGAUUUUCAAGUCCUGUUAAGAAACGUAAGUAAUCUCCAAAAAGAAGUAAUUCAUAUCAUUUCCAUUCAUAACCAAAACAAAAUUGUUAAAUACUUAAAUUUGAAGGUUAUAUUUCAAGAGAAUCACCUUUUAGGAAUUGGAUAGGAACUAUGAAUAAAUCUUAAGCAUCAAAAAUAUCACAAAUUUAACGAAUUCAUGUAAUUUAUAUAAAUGUGAUAUAGAAUUGUGUGAGAAUUAUAGAAAAGGAUUAAAAAAGUGAAUCAUAUCAACUUUAAGAAUAUUUAAAUGCUGUUAAUCAUAGAAUCCAAUGGAAUUCACUCCCUAAAGUAUUCAAUUAUCAAAAAUGUUAAACUCCAGAUAUUUUAAGAGGAGCAAGGGAAAGAAUUAAAAAGUUCUGA